UUGUUCCUGGCAUUCAUCUCGGAGAAGCUGGCUGGUCGUGUACGCCGCCGUACUUUAUGUGUAGAUUGAUCAUUUGGAAUGUCCAAACUGCCGGGUCCGCCUUCUUCCAACAGCCAUUACUCCCCGGGCCGCUGUGCCGCUGCGCCACAUGCCUCUCUCGUGGCAGCACGACUUGUGCUCUUUUGGUACCCUCAUUUCGGCCGAGUCGACCUCGCAGCUCUUAGCUCUGCACUCCAAUUUCACAACCAACACGAGUGUCGCUUGCCACCUUGCUUGCCAAAAGGUAGCAUCGUCCACCGUGUGGGGACAAAGGAUCACAGUCCAACAUCACACUAGUGGAAAUAUUCGACGACAGGGCAACUAGUUCCUGCUUGGCUGACCAUCUCGUCAUUGAUGGAUAUGGGUGAAGUGGGAUGGCUGCUUGUGAAGUUUAGGCUGAUGAAUAUUGCAGCAACGCGAGGCUAUUCAACAUCUUGAAGCUAUUCGCAUGUCUCUGCACUGUAUAGGAUGCACAUAAUUCUGCACUUGUUGAGGGAGGGUUGGAUUGGUUAUCAGGACAGCCAACCACAACUCAGCCAGACACGGAAAACCAGUAUGACCGGCCCGAUCCUUUGAGACUCUAUCUUCGGCAGCAUGCAACCUAGGUAGGGAAGGACAAUGUCAUACCUAAAACCUGAAGUCUGCUUGCAAUGCCGGGCGCUUGCUGGUGUCAUGGUACCAUAAAAAGCAGGGAGUUCUGCUCCCCUCCCAAUUCUCUGAGGCCAGCCAUUUCCGUCUCUUCUCACCGGAUAGUUCUCAUCAACCUUGGGCUCCUUCGAUUCUCACCAUGGCAAACGAUAUCACCGAACCAGCCCCAACAUCUUCGAAGUCGACCAACUCCAUGGCAGAGGUCAUCAUAGAGUAGGAGACACUCGCACAGCAGCUUCUGGCUGAGCUUCGCCGACUCAAUGAGAUACUUGGAAACCAACAGCUAUCGAGCGUGGCGAGUUUUCCCCGACACCCACCGGAACCAAUACCAUCAACACUCCGGCUACCGAGUCGCACUUGCUUGAUAUACAUGUGCCAAGUAGUACCCAACUAUCUCAGCUCAUAGUUUCUUUGCGAGAGUGGACGGCAAUUCUCACCAGUAAACCAAGUGAGGAACAUCUCGCCGCUAUUAGGUCUGACCUGGGAAGUGCCACCCUCGAGGACUAUCUACAGCUUUUCCCACCAAACCACCCACCUUUUAUCCCGUGCGCAACAAGCGGCCCCCUAGUAUUUGGUUUGCUUUUCGCUCCUCUUUCGGGCAUGCAUUGGGGCAUUUGACGAUGCUUCAUUCGUUCUGCCUGUCAAGGGCAGCACAACAGCUUCGCAGCAAAGAAUGAGCUUCGGCCGAAAUCUCGACCCUUCGAUGGGGGGCAUGGUCAGGAAAUUCUUACACGAAGAGUGCCCAACAAGUGUGAUGCCGGCAGCCUGGAGGCAAGAGCCAGGACGGUGACGAGAAUCAUUGCCGGAACAAACCAUGUUCUGGCGUCUUGUUCACCCUGGCCUUGAUCUUCGCUACGUGGUAACACAUUUGAGCUCAAUGAGGCGUACUUCCUGUAUCUUUGGCCAUGUGGCGACAAGCUUUCUCUUCAACCGGCCAGAUGGUCUGUAGGCAACAUGGGGUUUCCAACAUGGUCCUCCUGCCCCCAAGUAUUAGGUUCCGACCAACCGUACUCCAACCCCGAGUUUGCAGAGCCAACUGAUAUCAAUAUUGGUCAGAUCUGGUAUGUUACAUUUUGUUCUAGCCUUGAAAAUCGAGACUGCUGUGAUGAUUAAUGAAGAGUAAUUGGGACAGGUUUGUUACCACCUCAAGACGUCCAACUCUCAACCUCAAUGCAGCUGCAUUCAUUUUCUCUUUGCGAUCGCGACAACAUUUCUCUAACGCAUCGUCCGAGGAAGAUAAGCGCGAUAUGUAUCGGGAUUAUUCAUUUGUCGCCAGGUUUCUUCGGCAGUAGCCACGGCAUCCUUUUACCUCCUCGCAACGUCUUGACACCUCCCGCCAUUCGUGUGGAACCUCAUUUCAUAAAUGGUGGCUCCAGGCAUCUCCGUUUCAUCCGGAAAAUGGGCUCUGGCCCCCGGGCUUCCCCCUUGAACGGGAGCGUGGGAGGCUGCCCCGCAAGAUUCCACACUCAACUGGGGGUGUUGAGGAAGCGCGAGCUGCUGUGAAAUGGGUGUCAACCAUUGAGGCGGCUUCUUUGUUCUGCAUUGUUGUUAUUGAAGACCACGUCUUCACUUCGUGGCGCGAAUAUCAAGGUGUAAGGCUGCGAUCAAAAAGGAUUGAGAUGAUUGCUCAAAGAGCUAGCAUUUGUCAUUUACAUAUUGUGUUGGACAACGUCUUGGAGACAAGGUGGUAUGGAGGGUGGGACUGUCUGUCGGAUGCAAUUGACAGAUCUGUCACCGUUCAGGUAGGUGUAUCUCCUCUUCACGAUAUGUCUUGCCACUGACUACAUGAAUUGUCUAUAGGCAGAGGACAUCUUCAAUGAACGCAAGGCCCAGAAGAUCAUGCUCGACGACUGUUCAACCAAUCACGAAUGUGCUUUCAGCUUCUCCGUCUCCUACGAAUUGCUCCUGAAUGGAUGAAAGAGACUCAAGAGGGCCUGCAAGACUUUCAUAGAAUCUUUGGCAUGAAUCCGCCUCCGAGACAGCCAAAUUUGACAGUAUACUUGAAGAGAACUGGGACAGGGUCAUGGCACAAUUUGACAGCCUCCAAGCUAAGCUCGAGAGACGCAUCGAGGUCAAGGCAGACGAUAUACGUGGGCUUCAAGAUGGGGUAUGUCUAUGCGUGUUCACUGAAAGCUUUUGCGAACAGUCUUACUAUAUCUUGAGCGCCACAAAUCUGCUGGAAGCCUCCAAGUCAACAUCUAUGAAUCGCCAUAUCAUUGUUUUCACUGUUGUCACUAUGUUCUACCUUCCACUCAGCUAUGUGACUGCUGUUUACAGCAUGUCCGUCAUCCAGGACGAAGACCUGUCCCACCUCAAGUGGCCUCAUGUCGGAUCCAUGGUUAUAGUAGCAUGUCUAACAUACAUGAUAUCCGUUGCCGUCGUCUUCUUUGUCGACCGCAAGAAGAUUAUACCCUUGGGUCCUUCGACGAGUCCCCGCCGGUAUCAAAGACAAGCCGUGGUUCUGGAGUGCCUGUAA